CGAGAAGUUAUCCAUGUCGGCAGAGCGCACCAGCCUCUCCGCGCAAAGGAAAGCAAAGGGAAAUCUUCCGGCUUCACAGACGUCUGCGCCUAAAUAGAGACAGGAACCCGCUGUCCGAGAUCACAUUUCAUCCAAUAAAGGCAUCGCCAGGUCCAGGUGUAUCGAUGAAUUUCUUCGGGAAACUACAGAUCUUCUUGCUGCUGGUGCUCCUCGCAGCGCAAGGCUGCAUCUCAUCCAAAGCAGAGGACAGAUUAUUCCGAAGGUUGUUCAGAAGAUACAACCAGUUCAUCAGACCUGUGGAGAAUGUAUCUGAUCCAGUUACAGUGGAGUUUGAGGUGUCCAUCUCGCAGCUUGUUAAAGUGGAUGAGGUGAAUCAAAUUAUGGAAACUAACUUAUGGCUGAGACAUGUUUGGAAUGACUACAAACUGAAAUGGAUCCCUGUUGAAUAUGAUGGUAUUGAGUUCAUACGAGUUCCAUCCAACAAGAUAUGGAGACCGGAUAUUGUCCUUUACAACAAUGCUGUAGGUGACUUCCUUGUAGAAGACAAGACCAAAGCUCUGCUGAAGUUUGAUGGUACCAUCACUUGGAUUCCUCCAGCUAUAUUCAAAUCGUCCUGCCCAAUGGACAUCACUUACUUCCCCUUUGACUACCAGAACUGCUCUAUGAAGUUUGGGUCCUGGACCUAUGACAAAGCAAAGAUCGACUUGGUGCUCAUUGGCUCUAAGGUGAACCUGAAAGACUUCUGGGAAAGUGGGGAGUGGGAGAUCAUUGAUGCACCUGGAUACAAACAUGACAUAAAGUAUAACUGCUGUGAAGAAAUCUACCCAGACAUCACCUACUCCUUUUACAUCCGCCGCCUGCCUCUCUUCUACACUAUAAACCUCAUCAUUCCAUGCCUCCUCAUCUCCUUCCUCACAGUGCUGGUUUUCUAUCUCCCAUCAGACUGUGGGGAGAAGGUCACUCUGUGCAUCUCAGUGCUGCUGUCCCUCACUGUGUUCCUCCUGGUCAUCACUGAAACCAUCCCCUCAACGUCGCUCGUCAUCCCGCUGAUUGGAGAGUAUCUUCUCUUUACCAUGAUAUUUGUGACUCUGAGUAUCGUCAUCACUGUCUUUGUGCUGAAUGUCCACUACCGUACUCCAAUGACUCACACAAUGCCAGAGUGGGUGAGGAUGGUUUUCCUUGGGUUGCUGCCCAGAGUUAUGCUGAUGAGACGGCCUAUUGACCAGGGCUGCUCCUCACCUGCCAGAAUCACAGGAGCGACAGGAGGAGGAGUCAGUGGUGGAGGUAUUAAGAAGAAAAAGACCAGCAUAGGAGGAGGAAGCAGCUCAGGAAGUCUAAGUGUUGGUGGUAUAACUGGGGGUGUAGCAUGCCCCCCGCUGGAUAGUGGCUCAGGAGGUGGAGGAACCUCCUCAGCUGGUGGCUCCAUGAACUGUGUGGAAUAUGGUGAGAUGAACCGUGACCUUCACCCAGACAUGACCAGGAGGUGUCCAUAUAGAGGCAAGGAGGUACCAACUCCAGUUCCACCAACAAUGGUUCCUCCACCUGCUCCUCAGGCACCUCCAGCUGCGGGGCCUCCAGAGUCAGAGCUACCGAAGGUGCCGAGGCCUCUGAACGCCUCGUCGCCGGUCAAUGCUGUCGUUGCCUUUUCUGUGGUGUCGCCAGAGAUCAAGCAGGCCAUCGAAAGCGUCAAAUACAUUGCAGAAAACAUGAGGACACGCAACAAAGCCAAGGAGGUGGAGGAUGACUGGAAGUACGUGGCCAUGGUCAUCGACAGGAUUUUCCUGUGGGUUUUUGUAACAGUUUGUGUUCUGGGAACUCUGGGACUCUUUCUCCAGCCUCUUAUAAGCUUCUUUAAAUGAGAAGCUUGUCUAGCUUUCCCUGUCUAGUCCAAUUUCUUCAGUUACUCCGGGAAAUAUCCUGCACUUAACCGUGUCAAAUCAAGCACAAGACUACAGUUGUUGCCAUUUUUAGGUCUCUGUCACUCCUCUCUCUGUGUCUUACUCUUCUCUGGGGCCCCAUCUUUAGGCAUCCCUUUUAGCUCCCAGCUGUAGAUUUUCCUAAAUAACCUAAACACAUCUCCUCAUUCCUUAUCUAUUUUGCCCUUUCAGUGUACAGUGCAAUGCUGUAGCAAUGCUAUUAUCUCGUCUUCUUCCCUGGAACACAUAUUUUCCAAAACCUGAUCAACUCGUCGUCUCCCCCCUGUUUAUUUUUCACCUCUCCAGCGUUUCGCUUUGAGCCACCACUGAUGACAUCUUUUCGCUGUCAUCUUCUGUCACCCUUUGGAUCCACGGUUUAGAUGUCAGUUUCCAAAUACUUCUUGGAAACAUUUUUCACAAAAAAGAAAAAAUAACAUGAAUAAGAUUGCAGUAGCACUUUGUCAUUGUAAACCAGUGCAAUAUUGACACUGUAGUUGGAAAGUAUGACACAAUAUGCUCUUUUGUGCCUAUGACAAUUGCAUAGACAUUUUCUGAUAACAAAUAAUGAUUUUGUUGUCAAAAACCUUUAGUUACCCAUGUUUAUGGUUUUCUUGUAGAAAAAAAUAUAGUGCAUGCUGGCCUUUCACUUUUAAAUAUGACAUGUUUUCCAUUGUAUAUAUAUAUAUAUAUAUAUAUAUAUAUAUAUAUAUAUAUAUAUAUAUAUAG